AUGGCUCUCAGACUGAACCCUCUCCCCACCCAAUCCUUCGCCCUUCCCCAGAUGGCCAGCCUCAGAUCUCCCAAGUUCCGCAUGGCCUCCACACUCCGCUCCGGUUCCAAAGAGGUUGAAAAUAUUAAGAAGCCUUUCACACCUCCGAGAGAAGUGCAUGUUCAAGUAACCCACUCUAUGCCUCCCCAGAAGAUUGAGAUUUUCAAAUCUUUGGAGGAUUGGGCUGAGCAGAACAUCUUGACUCUUCUUAAACCUGUGGAAAAAUGUUGGCAACCACAGGAUUUUUUACCAGAUCCUUCCGCAGAUGGAUUUGAUGAGCAAGUGAAGGAACUGAGAGAGAGGGCAAAGGAGCUUCCAGAUGAUUACUUUGUUGUUCUGGUUGGAGACAUGAUCACAGAGGAAGCCCUUCCUACAUACCAAACAAUGUUAAAUACAUUGGAUGGAGUUCGUGAUGAAACAGGCGCUAGCCUUACUUCCUGGGCAGUUUGGACAAGGGCAUGGACCGCUGAAGAAAAUAGACAUGGUGAUCUUCUUAACAAAUAUCUUUACUUAAGUGGACGAGUUGACAUGAGACACAUUGAGAAGACAAUUCAGUAUCUGAUUGGAUCUGGAAUGGAUCCUCGGACUGAGAACAGUCCCUACCUUGGUUUCAUUUACACUUCAUUCCAAGAGAGGGCAACUUUCAUUUCCCAUGGAAACACAGCCAGGCUUGCUAAGGAGCAUGGUGAUAUGAAGUUGGCCCAGAUCUGCGGCAUGAUUGCCUCGGAUGAGAAGCGCCAUGAGACUGCAUACACAAAGAUAGUGGAAAAGCUGUUUGAGGUUGAUCCUGAUGGAACAGUUAUGGCGUUUGCAGACAUGAUGAGGAAGAAAAUCGCUAUGCCAGCACACCUUAUGUACGAUGGCCGCGACGACAAUCUGUUUGAAAACUACUCUGCUGUCGCCCAGCGCAUUGGGGUCUACACUGCCAAGGACUACGCCGAUAUACUUGAAUUUCUGGUGGGGAGGUGGAAGGUGGAGAAUCUAACAGGACUCUCAGGUGAGGGAAGAAAGGCUCAGGAAUACGUUUGUGGGCUGCCACCAAGAAUCAGAAGGUUGGAGGAGAGAGCUCAAGCAAGAGUAAAGGAGACAUCUAAAGUUCAGUUCAGUUGGAUUCAUGACAGGGAAGUACUACUCUAA